UAACUUAACAAAACACAACUAUAACUUUAAAAACAUUUUUGCAAAACACAAACACAAAAACAAAAGACAAAAGCACCAUGUCCAAUAAUUCAGUUUCUUCUUGGAGUAGAGAGGAAGAAAAAGCUUUUGAAAACGCCAUAGCAAUGCAUUGGAAUACUAGUACUAGUAGCACCACAAGUGAAGAAGACUCCUCCUCACCAUCAUCAUCAGAAGAGCAAUGGCAAAAGAUUGCUUCAAUGCUUCCUACUAAAACUAUUGAAGAAUUAAAGCAACAUUACCAGUUGUUAAUGGAGGAUGUGCAGGCAAUAGAGGCCGGACACGUGCCUCUACCAAAUUAUAUAGGAGAAUUAGACGGUGCAACGUUGGCAACAUCUUCAUCAAGUAAGGAUUUUCAUGGCUUUUCAGGCUCAGUGAAUGGAGAUAAGAGAUCAAAUUGUGGUUAUGGAAGUGGGUUCAAAGGCCUAAGCCAUGAGUCAAGUGGGCAUGGAGGCAAAGGAGGCUCGAGGUCUGACCAAGAAAGGAGGAAAGGAAUUCCAUGGACAGAAGAAGAACAUAGGUUAUUUCUACUUGGUUUGGACAAAUUUGGGAAAGGGGAUUGGAGAAGCAUUUCAAGAAACUUUGUGAUAUCAAGAACUCCAACACAGGUGGCUAGCCAUGCACAAAAGUAUUUCAUACGGUUGAACUCGAUGAACAGAGACAGGAGGAGGUCGAGCAUUCAUGAUAUAACAAGUGUGAACAAUGGGGAGGUGUCGUCUCAUCAUCAUCAUCAUCAAGCUCCUAUAACAGGUCAACAGGGAAACACAAACCCAGGAGGGGGUCCGGCAAUGGGGGCAUCGGUGAAGCACAGGGGGGGUCAGCCGCAUAUGCCUGGUUUGGGAAUGUAUGGAGCUCCUGUUGGCCACCCAAUUCCAACUCCUGGGCAUAUGGCUUCUGCUGUUGGGACUCCAGUUAUGCUUCCUCCUCCAGGCCAUCAUCCUCACCCUCAUCCUCAUCCUCCUUAUGUUGUUCCGUUGGCUUAUCCAAUGGCACCACCACCGGCAAUGCACCAAUAACAGUACCGUUUCUCUCAUGUAAAUCAGUUUGCAGUUUUAGUUUUGGAGGAGGUUGGUGAAAGUGAAACUAAGAGAAAAGUAUUGAAAAUUCGUGGGAGCUUGAAAUUCGUUCAUAAUUAGAAGCUAUAGAUUUUUUUUUUUUUUUCUUUUUUUUAAGUUUCAAAUAAUCUUUAAUAAAACAGUCUAUCUAAUUAAAGUUUGUUCAUAAUGUACUCAAGCCAAGG